GCGAGGCUCGGCUUCGGCGGAAGCCCUUUUCUCUAUGGCCGGGGGCUUUGAGCUCGAGCCGGCGGAUGGCGGCCGCCGGGUGGCCUUGUUGCCUGGUGAGACGGUGAUUGGACGCGGGCCGCUGCUGGGCAUAACAGACAAAAGAAUAUCAAGAAGACAUGCCAUUCUGGAGGUCUUGGAUAAUCAACUUAGAAUCAAACCGACCCAUAUAAAUCCUUGUUUUCAUCAGUCUUCUGAAAAGAGCCAGCUAUUGCCAUUGGAGACAAAUAAAUGGCAUUGGUUGAAUCCAGGAGAUAGUUUUUCCUUAUUAGUUGAUAAAUACACUUUCCGAGUUUUCUCUACACAUCCCGAAAUAGAAUGCACUUUAAGAAACAGUCAGAUGCUGGAUGAAGAUGAACUAUUUGAUGAAUCACCUACAUCUCCUCCUUUUUCUGCAAAAUACAGAAAUAGUAGUGAGCAGCCAAACUCUGUCCAGAGGAAGCGAAUCCUCCCAGCUUGGAUGAUUGAAGGAGAUCUAAAUGUUCAAAGCCUUGAAAUACCAUUUACCCAAGAAGAUAAUGGAGUAACAAAAGAAAGAAUUCACAUGCAUGCAACAUCAUCAAAAGGGAAAAAAAGAUUGUCUUCCUCAGAGAAAUCAGAAAAUAUUGGAGCAGAACAAGAUCCAAAAAGAAGGCACAGAGCUGAUGACCAGGAAGAUUAUACUAGUUCAUCAAAGGAAGCAAAUGGAUCAUCUGAUGUCAUAAGUGUAACGAAAAUAGAGGCCAAGUCUGAAAGAUCUGAAAUUCCAAGAGAUCAAAUAGUUGAAGAUCUCCAUGAUCAGGACUGUGAACAUAGAAUAUCUCCUAGAAACAAAAUAAAUAAGACAGAUGAAAAUAAAAAAAAUGUAUCCAUAGAAUAUUCUGAGAAUCCCAAAAUUCACCAGGACAAAUUAUUACAGAAGAAGAUCCAAGGGCUUGACCCAGAACAGAGCUCUAACCCUGAAGCCUCUAGUUCAACUACAAGCAUAGCUGUUGCACAAGAUUUUGGGGGAAAUCACCCCAGGAGAACGCCUUGCUUUUAUGGAGCAAGUUGCUACAGGAAGAACCCUAUCCAUUUUCAACAAUUUAGUCAUCCCAGUGAUGGGGAUUACAGAGAUACACAAGUUAUGAAUCAAGAUGAGGUUGACAACAGACCUGAAUGUCCAUAUGGAACUUCUUGUUAUAGGAAAAAUCCUCAACACAAGAUAGAAUAUAAGCACAGUAAACCAACAGAAAUGAAAAUCAGGAGAUCCAGACACAAAGCUAAUAAGAAAGGUGCAAGUGUUUUGGAUAAUAGUGAUAAUGAUGGCCCACCAAAUGAGUAUGAUUUGAGUGAUAGCUUUUUGGAUGAUGAUGAAGAAGAAGAGUCUGAACCAACAGAUGAGGAUUCUGACUGGGAACCAACAAAUGAAGACCAAGAAGGUGAAGAAGAUGUUGAAGAGCUUUUGAAGGAAGCGAAAAAGUUCAUGAAGAGAAACAAAUAAUUCCUCCUCCAGUAAAAUGCAAUAUUAUAAAAGACAUUUAAGGGUUGAGGCACCUGGCAGUCAUUGUUUUACUACCUUUAAUAGUUGUAUUUUUAAUCUUUUCCUUUUGACUAUGAGAUAUAAAAGUUUAAGCCCUCAAGAUCAUGGAAUAAAUACUGAGAAAUCAUGUUUUUGUACUUUAAAAAAUAAAUUUCACUUAAUUGCCUUGUUUUAAAAAAAUUUAUUCCUAAAUAGAGAGAAUUCAGUUAAGUAGCAACUUAUUUUUCUCAUGUACUUUUUCUCUGAUAAUUAAAAGUAAAACAUUAUAAUAGACUUAUAGAUUAUGCUUUCUAAUAGACUAAUUUUUCUUUAAAGAGAAAAAAAUAUUAUGCAAGUACACUGAGAAAAAUUCAGUGAUUAGUAAGGAAGUUUAAAUAUUUCUUGGUUAUCUUAGUUCAUUUAAAUUGAAAUAGUUUUUAAACAAUGAUAGCCUUUACAUAAUGAUUGUACUUUUAAAAAGUAGUCUAAUGUGAUCACUGCCUUUUUUGGACUAUUUUCAUCCUUAGAAACUUGGAAAAAUUAGUCAAAAUGGAUUCUGAUAAUGAAGAAUAUGAAUAUUGACUAUAUGCAGGGAAUGUUUUCUGCAUGUUAUUGUAAUUUCUGGCUUUUCUUAGUUUAAGUGUGGAAAAAUUUUAUAGCUUUAUGUGAAACUAUAGUCUCAGGGGAUCAUUUUUAAUUCUGAAGAAGCUCUCUUAACAUUAAGAAUAAGAAAGUAAUUGGGAUGAUUACCCAUAAUCUUCUUGUCCCCGACUCUAGAAGAAAAUCAUGUGUUGGUCCCUUUUUAGCUGGUGAAAAUAAUCAAUUUCCUAGUAAUUUAAUAGGGACAGUCAUCAAAUUUGAUAACUACUCACAAAAUUAUGAUGUUUAUGUAAAAAUUAAAAUUAAAUCUCAAUAAUAAAAAUAUUAUAUUUUA